CUGAAAAGCAAGGUUCAGAAAUGUCAGAAAUCCUCCGGGAGCUGCUCCGGGUCUCUGAGAAAGCUGCCAACAUUGCUCGGGCGUGCAGGCAGCAGGAAGCCCUCUUCCAGCUGCUGAUCGAAGAAAAGAAAGAGGGAGAAAAGAAUAAGAAGUUUGCAGUUGAUUUCAAGACACUGGCUGAUGUACUGGUACAGGAAGUUAUAAAACAGAAUAUGGAGAACAAGUUUCCAGGCUUGGAAAAAAAUAUUUUUGGAGAAGAAUCCAAUGAGUUUACUAAUGAUUUGGGGGAAAAGAUUACCUUGAGACUGUGUUCAACAGAGGAAGAAACAGUAGAGCUUCUUAGCAAGGUCCUUAAUGGUAACAAGUUGGCAUCUGAAGCAUUAGCCAAGGUUGUUCAUCAGGAUGUUGCCUUUACUGACCCAACUCUGGAUUCAAUAGAGAUCGACAUUCCACAGGACAUUUUGGGAAUUUGGGUGGAUCCCAUAGAUUCGACUUACCAGUAUAUAAAAGGUUCUACUGACGUCAAGUCCAACCAAGGAGUCUUUCCCUGUGGACUUCAGUGUGUCACCGUUUUAGUUGGUGUCUACGACAGACAGACAGGGGUGCCCCUCAUGGGGGUCAUCAACCAGCCUUUUGUGUCACAAGACCUAAACACCCUCAGGUGGAAAGGACAGUGCUACUGGGGCCUUUCUUACAUGGGGACCAACAUCCAUUCACUGCAGCACGCCACCUCUGAAAGAAGCGGCAGCGAGACUCAGCCUGGAAACACCGGCUCUGAAGCAGAUUUCUCCCCCCAUUUUUCAGCAGUCAUUAGUACAAGCGAAAAGGACACUAUCAAAGCCGCGUUGUCACGUGUGUGUGGAGAUAGCAUAUUUGGGGCAGCCGGGGCUGGUUACAAGAGCCUUUGUGUUGUCCAAGGGCUUGUUGACAUUUACAUCUUUUCAGAAGAUACCACUUUCAAGUGGGACUCUUGUGCUGCUCACGCCAUACUGCGGGCCAUGGGUGGGGGAAUAGUAGACUUGAAAGAAUGCUUAGAAAGAAAUCCCGAAACGGGGCUUGAUUUGCCACAGUUGGUGUACCACGUGGAAAACGAGGGCGCUACUGGGGUGGAUCGGUGGGCCAACAAGGGAGGACUGAUCGCAUACAGAUCCAGGAAGCGGCUAGAGACAUUCCUGAGUCUCCUCAUCCAAAACCUGGAACCUGCAGAGACACAGACAUAGCUGGACUCGACCUCAGUAUACGUAUAAACCAAACUGUGAAGCUGCUUCCCAUUAUGUCUGUCUUUUGAAGAUAGCUUUGUCCUGUUGCUGGUAACAUUCACCUCCCCCUCUGAGGAGCAUUAUGUGUCCAUAAUAAUGGUAACUUCAAUAAAUUAAUAUUCAUGCAGCAGUUAAAUUGAUAUACGACAUUCUUACAGUAAAUAUUGUGCUAUUAGUAUUCCUUGAAACACUUCAGUAAAAUAUUGAAGAGG